GUCCUCCAUUCAUAAAUACCUACUCACCCCAUACUACCCUUCCCUCUUCUGUCUUCGCCCAGCAUGCCUUCCUCCUCCUCCUCCUCCUCUUCCUCGAAUGAAAUUGAGCGCUGGGAUGUUCAGCCCAAGGAUGCGAAGCGCAUGCUCGCCGAAGAAUCCUACGAUGACUGUCUAUCCUGCCGCAUAACAGGAUCUGCCGCAUUCAUCGGCCUCGGUGUCUACAGCUACUGGACGGGAAUGAGCAACCUCAGGAAGCAAGAAAAGACAAUCAUGCAAAGCGCCACCAAGUACAAGAUGGGAUCUCGACGUCUCGGCAUUGCGACUAUCUCCGCAACCCUGGUCGGCAUGGGCGUUUGGAGGGCUUUCAACUAAUACCCAGGUUUCAAGUUUGUGAUUUUUAUUCCACUCAGGGCGUUAUGUAUAUCAGCUCAAAUGAUUGAAACUACUCUAUGAUUGAUAAGAGUCACGUGUGAAUGAGUGCAUGAAAUGUUUAUACGUUUAGCAUUGACACGAGCUGCCUCGUCGGGUAUCGCCAAAGCCUGUUAACCUCUAUAGAUUCGAUGAUUAUGAAUCAAAAAGAAAGAGAAAUGAA